CCCCCGCCUCUUCCGUUUCUGGAGGGAAAGGCUGCAGCCUCCUUCGCUCCGCAUCCCCGGCUUAGGUAACACGGUUUCCUUCUUGCGUGCCCCUCGCCUCGCCGCCUCCCCGCUCCUCGGAUCUGGGCCCCCCGGCUGGGCGGAAGGCACGCGCCCCACCGCCCCUGCGGACGGUAGCUGACGGCCCAGAGGGUGGGUGCCCGUUCCACCAGCAGCUGCAGCUGGAAAGCAAGAUUCAGAAUGGCAGAUAUCCUCCGGGAGCUGCUGCGGGUGUCUGAGAAAGCUGCCAACAUCGCCCGGGCGUGCAGGCAGCAGGAAGCCCUCUUUCAGCUGCUGAUAGAAGAAAAGAAAGACGGAGAAAAGAACAAGAAGUUUGCAGUUGAUUUCAAGACCCUGGCUGAUGUACUGGUACAGGAAGUUAUAAAACAGAAUAUGGAGAACAAGUUUCCAGGCUUGGGAAAAAAAAUUUUGGGAGAAGAAUCCAAUGAGUUUACUAAUGAUUUGGGGGAAAAGAUUAUCUUGAGACUAUGUCCCACAGAGGAAGAAACAGUAGAGCUUCUUAGCAAAGUCCUUAAUGGUAACAAGUUGGUAUCUGAAGCAUUAGCCAAGGUUGUUCAUCAGGAUGUCACCUUUACUGACCCAACUCUAGAUUCGAUAGAGAUUGACAUUCCAUGGGACAUUUUGGGAAUCUGGGUGGAUCCCAUAGAUUCAACUUAUCAGUAUAUAAAAGGUUCUGCAGACAUUAAAUCCAACCAAGGAAUCUUCCCCAGUGGACUUCAGUGUGUCACCAUUUUAAUUGGUGUCUAUGACCUACAGACAGGGGUGCCCCUAAUGGGAGUCAUCAACCAACCUUUUGUAUCACAAGAUCUAAACACACUCAGGUGGAAAGGACAGUGCUACUGGGGCCUUUCUUACAUGGGUACCAACAUCCAUUCACUUCAGCGUCUUGACUCUAAAGGAAAGAACAGUGAAGCACGGAGCCAAAUGACUGAAAAAACCAGCUCUGAGGCAGAGUGCUCCCACCAGUUUUCAGCUGUCAUCAGUACAAGUGAAAAGGACACUAUCAAAGCCGCAUUGUCACGUGUAUGUGGCGAGCGCAUAUUCCGGGCAGCUGGGGCUGGUUACAAGAGCCUUUGUGUUGUUCAAGGCCUUGUUGACAUUUACAUCUUUUCAGAGGAUACCACGUUCAAGUGGGACUCUUGUGCUGCUCAUGCCAUACUCAAGGCCAUGGGUGGGGGAAUGGUAGACUUAAGAGAAUGCCUGCAAAGAAAUUCCGAGAUGGGGCUUGAUUUGCCACAGCUGGUGUACCACAUGGAAAAUGAAGGUGCUGCUGGUGUGGAUCGAUGGGCCAACAAGGGAGGACUGAUUGCCUACAGAUCAAGGAAGCAACUGGAGACAUUCCUGAGCCUCUUCAUCCAAAACCUUGUGGAUACACGCACGUAGAUGAACUCUAUUCUCGUGUACUUGAAACCCCAAAUGUGAACAAUUUCCCACAUCUCUUAAUCUUUUGAAGACAGCUUUGUCCUAUUAAUGGUCAACAUUCUCCUUCCUCUUUUGAGGAGCAUUUUUCCAUUAUGUGUUCAUAAUAAUGAUAAUUUCAAUAAAUGAAUGAUAUCCGUGUA